UCAUUCAAUUCAUUUCUCACCCAAAAGUUCAUAUAUAAAUUUUACUUAACCCAUCUUAAUUGAUCGAGAGUUAACUAAUAAGAAAACUCAUAAUUAAUUAAUAAAUAUAUAUAUUCUAGCUCGCGCGUUUCUUGAAUAUAUAUUUGAUUGUUGUUCAAUAUAUUAGAAAGAGCGAGACGUCGUCAUGGAGGGAGGAAGAAGAAUUGUGGAACCGGGGUUUAGGUUCUACCCAACCGAAGAAGAGUUGAUAACAUUCUAUUUAAAACACAAGCUACAUGGCACGAACACAAGCAACGUACUGCAACGUAUCGAUCUAGUGAUCCCUCAGCUUCAUAUUUAUGAUUCAUAUCCAUGGGAUCUCCCUCAACAUGCAGGGGAGCUAUGUCGAGGAGAUCCAGAACAAUGGUUCUUCUUCGUUCCUAGACAAGAGAACGAAGCAAGAGGGGGAAGAACUUCCCGCCUCACGACUUCUGGAUACUGGAAAGCCACUGGAUCUCCGAGUGUCGUAUACUCUUCAGGCAAUCGAGGUAUUGGAAUCAAGAGAACCUUGGUGUUCUACAGUGGUAGAGCUCCCACAGGGAGGAAGACUAAAUGGAAAAUGAUUGAAUAUAAGGCUUUCCAAGAAGAGCCCUCUUCAAACACUAACCGUAACCCUAAGUUGAUACAUGACUUGAGUUUGUGCCGAAUAUAUAUAAAGUCAAGUUGUUUGAGGGCGUUCGACAGAAGGCCAUCUGGUGGAGUUGCGAUUCGUGAGCCACAACGGCCAGUACUUCUACAAACCAACGAUGACCAUAGUGCAACCACGUCAACUCAUGAUUUCAACCUUCAACCAGUAGUAGCAGAGGGGGCAAUGUUAACGACGACCUGUAGCUCACAUGAUGAUCAUAGCCGUAAUUCAUCAGAAACCAUGGAGUCUUGCUUCACGAUGGAGAUCGAUAAUGAUGCGAAUUUUAUUUGGGACUGGAAAGAAAGCCAUAAGUAACGGUUAUAAGAGCUUAAUUAAUUUGCUUUCAAGAAAAACAAGGAUAGGAUUAUGUGAAUUGUGUAAUUACUAUACGCUUCAAGUUGAAAUAGAAUCAUGGGCUAUCAUUAAGUAUCAUCAUCAAUUGUAAUUUA